AUGAUGAACUCUACACAAGUUUUGUAUUUCACACUUGCUGCCUACUUUGACACUGGGGUUCUCAAGUAUUUAUACUUUGUUAUUAUUAUGUCUUUGUAUAUUUCAAUUAUUUGUUCCAAUCUUUUUCUGAUUGCUGUUAUCUGUAUGAACAGAAGCUUACAUGAACCUAUGUACCUUUUUCUGUGCAGCCUGUUUGUAAAUGAACUGUAUGGUAGUACAGGGUUGUUUCCAUUCCUUCUGGUUCAGAUCCUCUCUGACGUUCACACUGUUUCUGCUCCACUUUGUUUCCUGCAGAUUUUCUCUUUGUAUUCUUAUGUAUUAGGAGAAUUUUCCAACUUAGCCGUCAUCUCUUAUGACCGAUAUCUUGCUAUCUGUUAUCCUCUGCAAUACAACAGAUAUAUGACAUUUAACAAGGUUGCCGUACUUAUUGCUCUACCUUGGUUAUACUCUUUUGUUAGCAUUGUUAUUUUAAUAUCAUUGAUUGCUCCUUUACAGCUGUGUGGGAACAUCAUUGACAAAGUUUACUGUUUGAACUAUUCCAUUGUGAAACUGGCCUGUUCUGAAACCACAGUGAAUAACAUUUAUGGACUUAUUGUUACUUUUCUCACAGUCUGUGUUCCCGUAUCUCUGAUCAUUUACACUUACUUGAAGAUUCUUAGAGUUUGUUUCUCUGGCUCUAAACAGACCAGACAGAAAGCUGUCAGUACCUGCACACCUCACCUCGCUUCUCUGCUCAACUUUUCUUUUGGGGUUUUCUUUGAAAUAUUGCAGAGCAGAUUUGAUAUAAAAAGUGUGCACAGUAUAUUGAAAAUUGUUUUAUCAUUGUACUUUCUGACAUGCCAGCCGCUCUUUAGCCCUGUAAUGUAUGGACUGAAAAUGUCCAAACUGCGCCGUCUCGUC